GUAGCCUCGGACAGGACAGGAGGACAGAGGUGCUGGCCACAGAGGUCCCUGCCAGUCAAAAUGCCCAUCCUCAAGAGUCUAGGACUGGCAGACUCUAAGGUGCCCCGGGCGGGGACCCUGCCCUUGAGGUCUUCUCGCAACCCCUUUGAGGAAGUCCCCGGGCUGGAGGAAGAAGAGACCGGGGAGCUGGGGACGCUGCCCAAUGGAACGACCUGUCGGCGCCGGGCCACGCUGGAGAAGCUGGCGGGUCUGGCCCCCUUCCGGCUGGGCUGGUCCCCUGGCCGGCGGGCAGGCAGCCCUGGGGACGGACAGCCCCGCUCUUUCCUGGGUCGUGUGCUGACCCCCGGGAUUCGCAGAUGCUCCGCGGACUUUGGCCUCCUGGCCAGGCUUCAGGGGACCAGAGCCCAGGGCGAUGAGGAGGCGGCUGGGGACACAGCCGGGAGACUGGCCUUCCUGAAACUGGGGCGUGGGCCCAAGCCCCGCCGUGCGUCCCUGGCUGAGAGGGUGGUUCCUGCGGGCGAGGCGGCUCCCGAGCCCCCCCCCAAGCUCCCAGAGCCCCAGAAGGUGAAGGAGCCAUUGUCAGUGCUGGAAAUCUUGAGCUUGAUCCAGCAGCGCGAGCUCGCGCGAGCCGACGAGCACAUCUUGGAGCUGGAGGCCGAGGAGCUGGCGUCGUCGGGGGGUCCCGAGGGCCAAGGCACAGCUGAGGCUUCACCCCAGCACGUCAACACCCCUGACCUUUCCUCCAGUUUUGAGCGUUAG